AUGAGGAAGCAUAAGCUUUCAGCAGUCCCUCACUCAGCACACAGGCUUUCUCCCAUACUUGGUUCCUGUACAUUACUCGUUCAGCUUCAUAAAGGACACCUACCUGGAAAACGGAAAACUAUACGGAUUAAUUUGAACAACAGGAUCUUAUCUAAGGCUUCCCCUAUCUACACACCGAUACUCCGGGUGCUGCCCCAGCUCUGCUGGGAGGUGCCCCACCGCUUCCACGGCCCCGACGGGCUCUGCCGGGUCGUCAAGCACCUGCAGGUCUUCGGCAUGUUCGCCUCGGCGUACAUGCUGGUGGCCAUGACCGCCGACCGCUACAUCGCCGUCUGCCACCCGCUGAAGACGCUGCAGCAGCCCACCAAGCGCUCCUACGGGAUGAUCGCGGCCGCCUGGGCGCUCAGCCUGCUGCUCAGCACCCCGCAGUACUUCAUCUUCUCCCUCAGCGAGGUGGAGCGCGGCUCGCAGGUCUACGACUGCUGGGCGCACUUCAUCAUGCCCUGGGGACCCCGCGCCUACAUCACCUGGAUCACCGGCGGCAUCUUCGUCGCGCCCGUCCUCAUCCUCAUCAAUUCUGAAAACACUGCGACUACCGUCACGGCUCUGUUGGCCAGUCUGAACAGUUGCUGUAACCCGUGGAUCUACAUGUUCUUCAGCGGGCACCUCCUGCAAGACUGCAUACAGAGCUUCCCUUGCUGCCAAAAAAUAAAGCAAACGCUGAGUAAAGAAGAUUCAAACAGCAACAGCAGGCGACAGACUUCCGUUACCAACAACAGAAGCCCAACCCACAGCUUGAACACCUGGAGAGAGUCACCCCACUCCAAAUCAACCAGCUUCAUCCCCAUUCCAACCUGA